AUGUCGUCGAGAUCCAGGGGUUCCAUGCACAGGGGACACUGUAAGGAAGAUAAAUUAAUAUUUCCCCCCGGGUGCCCCUACCGCCCCCUGAUUUAAAGCAGGGAAAACCAGGCGCCCCCCUCACUCACCUCGGGGCAGUCGUCGCUGCCGUUGUCCGCGCGCUCCACCUCGUCCGUCGUCAUGUUGGAUGCCCGCCCGCCGAAGGAACUGGUUAAUCCGGGAAAAGGCGCUCCUGCUUCUUCACAAUCCAACGAAGGAAAUCAGUGUGGCCUCAAUUCUCCAGCUGCUCUUCAACGCGUAACACUGCUGACUGAAGACUGCGCUGCUUGACAACUGCGCCACUGACUGGCUAACGAGACCAAUUUGUGCUUUCGCGAUGGACAAAGCCACGCAGGAUGGGCUGACUCGGGAUGAAAGGAUGGUUGGAGGAAUUUCUCUUUCGCCUUAUAAGUAAUACGCAGUGGAGAUCGAUCUCAAUAACAAUUAUUAAGCCACCAGCAGAUCAAAGGUACGCCACAGUAAAGACGCUCUGUGUCUGUGUGUAUGCUCAGUGUGUGUGAAAAGGAGCUCGUCUGCGGAGCGGAGCAGAAAUCGCAGUUCAUGUCGCGACGCACAGCUAGAGCAUUGAACGCCAGAGAGGCCGGACAUUCCUCCGCAUGGCGACCAAUCAGCAAUUCGCUGCUUUAUCACGGACGUCGCUGAUUGGAGCGUAAGCGAUUUCGCUUCAAAUGGUUCAGUUCGUUCCGAACAUCUGGUGUGACGGGUUUCCGGUUCCAAAAAUAAUAACCGUGCUAAUGGAAUUCCAUUGGAUUUUUGUAGAACCACAAGUUCCACAACUAAUCUGUAAUAAAGUUUAAAGUUUGCCAAGCAGAAAAUUCUCGUGGCAUCUUUCGCGUUUUCCUGCGGAUUCCAGAACGGUAGUUGUGAGUUAGGGUUCGUGAGCUGCUUGGAAGAUCGUGUUUGAUGGUGAUGCGAAAUUGUAGUUUUGUUGAGUUGCGAUAUUUUGGUUUGUGACGAGCACGAAGAUCUCGUGUUAAUUUGAAGCGGGAUUGCGAUGGCACCGAAGGGGAAGGAUGCGGGCGGCGGGAGCAAGGGCCAGGGCGACAAGAAGAAGGAGGCCAAGGGAGCGGCGGACGGGGAGAAGACGACGACGGCCAAGCAGAGCAAAGGAGGCACUGCCGUCAAGGUGCGUCACAUCCUAUGCGAGAAGCACGGGAAGAUCAUGGAGGCCAUGGAGAAGCUGAAAGCCGGGAGCAAAUUCGACGAGGUGGCGCGGGAGUUGAGCGAGGACAAGGCGCGCCAGGGCGGUGAUCUGGGCUGGAUGACGCGCGGCUCCAUGGUGGGCCCCUUCCAGGACGCGGCCUUCGCGCUGCCCACCUCCAGCCUGGCCAGUCCCGUCUACACGGACCCCCCGGUCAAGACCAGCUUCGGCUACCACAUCAUCCUCGUCGAGGGCAAGAAGUGAACACGCACACGACGCACCGCCUCCGGGGAAUCAGCCUCCUGGAUGCUUUUCUAUGGGCUUUCAUUCCUGUUGCUGUUCUGUUGUUUUAUGGCACUCAACUGCCACGGGAUCAGUGAUGUAUGUUGAUGGAUGGUGCGGCGCCGAGCGUUGACCGUUGUCCAUGCUGUAUGGGAUUGGUUGCAGCGGUGUUUGUAUUCAGACUGCGUUGACGCAGUUGACUGGGUUCCGCUCCACAGGAGCAGAGCAGGACGUCCGAUCCUGCCGGAUAAAUAGCAUAAAGACAUAG